CAAGCUGGGCUACAGAACGUCACCUUACGAUCGAUCAGGUACAAUCUUUAGGGAACGCAGCGUGGGCCAUGGCUACUUCCAAGCCUGAUAUCCUGAUCAUCCUCCUUCAGAAGCUGAUGGAGGAGGGAAACCUACUUUACAAGAAAGGGAAGAUGAAGGAGGCAGCCCAGAGGUACCAGUACGCCCUAAGGAAGUUUCCUAGAGAAGGCUUUGGCGACGACCUGAAGGCAUUUAAAGACUUGAGGGUCUCUCUGUACCUCAAUCUCUCCCGCUGUCGCAGAAAAACCAACGAUUUUGGGAUGGCUGAGGAGUUUGCAACAAAAGCGCUGGAGCUGAAACCCAAAUCCUAUGAGGCCUACUAUGCCCGAGCACGAGCUAAAAGAAGCAGCAGGCAGUUUACAGCAGCCCUGUCUGACCUGCAUGAAGCAGCCAAGCUGUGUCCCAAUAACCGGGAAAUCCGUCGUUUGCUGGCUCGAGUAGAAGAUGAGUUUAAACAGAUGCAGCGCACUCAGACUAAAGGAGUCGCUGGGGCCGCAGCUGCUUCUGGAGGUCACGAGUCUGAACAGGAGCAAGACGAAGGACAGGAGGAG